AUGGCACUGGUCAUGGCACACGGGAGAGCUCUUGGUAUUUUAUACAAAGCGAUGGAUCUUAGGGGGUUUAAUAAUAUCAUAAAGGAGAGAAAUGAAAUGCUUUUCAAAGCAUUUCCAUCCAGAUAUAUUGAUCUAGAUUCUGAAAUCAUUCAUAAAUAUGCUGAGAACUCGGUUCGAUUAGUUAAGGAAGAGAUGACACAAACUUUGAGAAAGAUUGCACAUAUCAGGCCCUAUAGGAAUAAGUUCAAGAAAAGAACACAAGAUAUGAAUGAUAUUGAUAAAGUUUACUAUGAACUAUAUUGUAUUAAGCAAUCAAUCAAAAAUAGGGAUGAUCAUGCUAAUAACUGA